UUCAAAGUCCAGGGGCAAGUUUACCAUAGGAUCGGUUCCCUGCUACCUACAGAUGAUCCCAAAUUUUUGCAAAUUUAUUUCGUAAGCGAUUUUGAAGAGCAAGCAAGCUUGCGAAGUAGACACAUCCCUAAUUUGGACUCUGGUCUGAUCAGAGGAUUGCAGAGUAUGUUGCAUAAUGUAAAUCCACACAUUAGCAACUUCAAAGCCGCCCUAGCAUCGGUGCCUGAAAACGAGCGAAAUCGUUUUAAGUUUAUAAUCAGUGCAGAUAGAAGACCGAUCGCAGCCCAUCCAGGGCGGUAUAAUGCGCCAACAACGAACGAGGUAGCCGUAGUCUUAUUCGAUCAGGAGUGUGAUAAAAGAGACAUCGUUUUGCGCACGCAUGAUGACCGGCUUCAAAGAAUCAGCGAGACUCACCGCGCGUACGAUUCUCUGCAAUAUCCGCUCAUGUUCUGUCGCGGCGAGGAUGGCUACCAUUUCGCCCACUAUAAUGUUGACCCCCAGACAGGCUCCCCGAAUUACAACAAAAAAACAUCCACCAUGCAGUUCUACAGCUUCCUGAUCCAGCUAAGGGUAAACAACGUUUCUUAUAUCCACUAUUAUCGUACGCUCUUAAGUCAGUUUCUGGUGGACAUGUACGCCAAAAUCGAAACAGAGCGUUUGGUAUUUAUAAGGUGUAACCAAAGGAAGCUGAGAGCUGAGAAUUACGUCCAUCUUAGAGAUGCCAUGCAAAAUGAUGUAAAUGCGCAAGAUGUAGGAAGGAUGGUCAUUCUCCCCUCCACCUUCACAGGAGGUCCGCGGUACAUGCACGAGAGGACACAGGAUGCGUUUUGUUACGUGCGAAAGUUUGGUCGCCCGGACCUCUUCAUUACCAUCACUACCAACCCAAAGUGGCCUGAAAUAACAGCUCAACUCCUUGCAGGACAGGCUUCGUACGACAGGCAUGACUUGAUCUCUCGCGUAUUCCACCUGAAGUUGAAGUGCCUUAUGGAUCUUCUCACAAAAGCAAAAGUGUUUGGUGCAGUACGAUGCCACAUGUACUCCGUGGAGUGGCAAAAACGCGGCUUGCCCCACGCACACUUGCUUUUGUGGUUGGAAGAGAAGAUCAGGCCCAACCAGAUUGAUCAAGUCAUAAGUGCUGAGCUUCCGGACCCUGACGUCGAUCCUGUUCUGCAUCAGAUUGUGAAAAGUCACAUGGUGCAUGGCCCCUGUGGCACGUUAAAUCCAAGUUCCCCGUGCAUGAAAGAUGGACGAUGUACAAAGAGAUUCCCGAAAAAUUUUACCAUCGAAACCAUUACUGGUGAGGAUGGAUAUCCAUCAUACCGGCGCCGAUCACCAGCAGAGGGCGGGCAUUCUACUGAACUGAGCGUGCAUGGCCAGGCACAACCGGUUGAUAAUAGAUGGAUUGUUCCUUACUCACCAGUACUGUCCAGGACCUUUCAGACACACAUCAACGUCGAGUCGUGCACGAGCGUUGAGUCGAUUAAAUACAUCUGCAAAUACGUCAACAAAGGAAGUGAUCAGGCGACGUUUGCUUUACAGAGCUCUGAUAAAGACGAGGUCACCAAGUAUCAAUCUGGUCGCUACAUCAGCACGUCUGAAGCGGUUUGGCGGAUACUGGCGUUCUCUAUACAUGACAGGCAUCCAACCGUCAUGCAUUUAGAUGUCCAUCUAGAGAACGGCCAGCGCAUAUAUUUUGAUCCUGACAACGUUGCUGACCGCUUGGAAAAUCCACGCCAAACAACUCUCUUGGCAUUUUUCAGGCUCUGUGAAGUCGACCAGUUUGCAAGGUCCCUUACGUAUGACCAGGUGCCUUCGUAUUACACAUACGACAGACAAAGAGGUGUAUUUAAUCGACGUCAACGAGGAAGUGCUGUGGAAGGAUUUCCGGGAAUCUUCAAAGACACCGCACUGGGUAGGGUUUAUACCGUGCAUCCGAAUAAUGGCGAAUGCUAUUUUCUGCGGUUAUUACUUCACACGGUCCGAGGCCCAACGUCGUUCGCCUUUCUGAGGACAUAUGAUGGCGUGGAGUAUCCCACUUACCGCGCAGCCUGCGUAGCACGUCACCUUCUUGACGACGACCAAAACUGGGAUGACACCCUCGCAGAGGCGAGUAUCAGUGACAGUCCAAGCCGCAUGCGACAUCUGUUUGCCGUCAUCUUGGUGUUUUGUGGAGUAGCGAACCCGGUUACUUUGUGGCAGAAGUAUCGCCAUUAUCUGUCUGAAGAUUUUCUACGAGCUUUGAGGCGUGCUACUGGAGAUGAAAUCGAUGUAACAGAUGAACGCGUGCUGAACACCUGUCUCAGUUCACUUCAAGAUAUGGUCAUUUCUAUCGGCGGCAAUCCACUGAUCGAAUAUGGGUUACCAGCUCCCCAAUCAUCAGGGCAUCAAGACCGUGGAAAUCGAGAGUAUAACGCUGAGACAAAUUACGAUCCGGGCGAAAUGACCACCAUACGAAAUGACCAUGUCGCUUUGUUCUCUUCAGAGCAAAAACAAAUUUACGACACCGUUCUUGAAAGCGUUGGGCAAAACCAGGGUAAAAUGUUUUUCUUGGAUGCUCCUGGUGGAACAGGAAAAACAUUUGUUACCACUGGCAUACUUGCAGAAGUUAGGAGGCAAGGAAAAAUUGCUAUUGCUGUAGCGUCGUCGGGAAUCGCUGCCACACUGCUUCCGGGUGGUAAAACAGCACAUUCCAUGUUUAAAAUUCCCAUCGAUUUAGAGAGAGCCGAAACGCCUGUUUGCGGUGUGUCACGUAACAGUGAUAAAGGACACGUGCUCAAGGAUUGCUCUCUGAUUGUAUGGGAUGAGUGUACGAUGGCCAAUAGGAAGGCAGUUGAGGCCGUGGACAGAACCCUGCAGGACAUCCGCAGGAACGAAAAUUUGAUGGGUGGUGUCACAGUUCUGUUCAGUGGCGAUUUCCGACAAACGCUUCCCGUGGUGACGCGAGGAUCGAGGGCUGACGAGGUGAAUGCUUCUUUGAAACGAUCUUUGUUGUGGUCACGAGUUCAUACGCUGCGCUUGACCAUUAAUAUGAGAGCUUGGCUUGGUGGCAAUGCACGUGCUCAAGAAUUCUCCGAUGUCCUUCUAAGUCUUGGCGAAGGCACUCUACCAGAACAGAUAGAUGGACAGGUGGUGCUGCCUGAGUCUCUCGGUAGAGUGGUAGCCAGCUUAGAGGAACUCAUUCGCAGUGUGUACGGGGACAUCAGUCGUAUACCACACCAGCAGAAUUCUUGGGUGUGUGAGCGGGCCAUUUUGACGCCCAAAAAUGAUCAGACUGCAGCAAUAAACGAAUGCAUUCUUUCUGAAAUUGAGGGUAAUGAAGUGGUCUACACCUCUAUAAACACUGUCGUCGAGCAAGAUGACGCCACACACUAUCCCGUUGAAUUUCUAAACUCCCUGUCAGCAAGCGGACUUCCAGCGCAUACCAUCAAGCUGAAGGUCGGUGUCCCGAUUAUGCUUCUUCGGAACCUAUCUCCCCCGAAGUUAUGUAACGGGACCCGCCUCAAAGUUAUCUCGCUCCACAGACACACCAUUGAGGCGGAAAUUCUUACGGGUUGUGGAGUUGGUGAAGCAGUAUUUAUACCACGCAUUCCCCUCAUACCUCAUAACUUCCCGUUCCAGUUCAAGCGUGUACAGUUUCCCGUGAGUGUUUGCUUCGCGAUGACCAUCAAUAAGUCGCAGGGGCAGACACUGAGGGUAGGGGGUGUCGACCUCAGGACGAGUUGUUUCUCACACGGGCAACUGUACGUCGCUUGCUCCCGCAUCACCAGUCCUGACUCUCUUUACAUUUUGGCUCCUGGCAGCACAACUACUAACGUAGUUUAUAGGGAAGUAUUUUAGGAUAUAAAUACCUUUGUACUUUUUUAUGUUUUUUGUGUCCUGGAAUAUAUUUCUGCAUAAUUUUCUCUAUUUUCUUCAGUCACAAAAUCUAAUUAUGACUAAACUAAGCAGGAUCUUCUUUCU